UUGUUUCAAUGUAUUAUUUACUUAUAGGCCUGCCGCAAAGAUCGCAAAGGAUCCGGAAUUACACCCUCCAAAUACAUUUACAAGCGUAUUUAUUGUAUCUGAAAGAUAUGGCUGUAAGUCUCUUCACCGUUAUGCAGUAUUGCAUGAGCGGUGUCUGUGCACUGGCAAUGCUCGAAAAUCUCCUUGCGAUUGCAGUGUUUGCUGGGACUAAAAAGCUCCGCAUCAAGUACUACGCCUUCGUGUUCAACCUGGCGUUGGCCGACUUGCUCUUCUCCGUCUGCGCCAUACCAUAUCCAUGGCUGAAUACAUCAGACAUUCUCAUCGGCCUCUUAACCGGAACUUACAUAGUCUCCAUUAUGACUAUUCUGGCCGUUGCUGUCAAUCGUUACCUGGCCCUGUCCCUUAUGUCACUGGCUCGCUACGAUUCACUGGUGACAGGGUAUCGUCUGAUCGGAAUUUGUAUCCUCUUUUGGUGUUCAAGUCUCGCCUAUGGCUUAGUGAUGUAUAAUGCUGUCCCACCUUGGGUUUUUGAUAAAGUGCACAUCUUUGGUGCCUCUCUGGCAGGAUACAUCGUGUGGCUUAUCACCGCUCUUGUUUAUUACUUGGCUUUCCGUAAGAUCAAGCAUUACACUCCACCUCUUGCAUCCGCGGCAGGCAUCAGUGCCAACGAGGAGCACCAUCAAACCCGAGUCCAGCAGACUCGUCGUUUACUGAUCAUGUUUGUUCUCAUUCUGGUAGUGUCAUUCAUUUCUUGGGCUCCCAGUUUCGCUCUAAGGAUUUUUGCCUUCUUUAAUGUAUCUCUCUGGCAAGAUGAAACCUUUCUGGCCUGGGCUUGGGGGGGUUACCUGCUGUAUACUCUCUCUACCGUGAUCAAUCCGUUGAUAUACUUGUGGCGAUUGGAUGGUUUCAGAGAGGGGUUUUAUGCCAUGUUCUGUCGUUGUGUAGUUAAGGCAAAACCUAACGAAACCGUAGUUGACCUGACUACUAAUGUGAAUACAGAAACCGGUUUGUAAACGGAAGAGGUUUAAUUAUCACAGGCGGAUUUUCAAACUCGAGCCAGUCGAAACUCGAGAAUCUGUCAGUGACAACACAAAAGCAACAUUUUCUUUUCUAUUUAAGUUUGCCAUUCGCAUUCCUACCUAUUAUCUGCUGUCGCUUAAUUUUGAAGAUGCUAAACUGUCUUGUUUUCCUUCAAGGUUAAAGCAUACGAAUUAAGGGAAAUUUCCCCACAAGAGAUAUCCACUUGUUCUGUAUCGGUGUAUGAUACGGACUAUUAAAACUUGAUCAUUUUUAACUCAAGUAAAUCUGUUUAUACUACAUUGAGGGUAAAUACACUCAUAAAAGUCCCCGGUAAGAUUCGACCCGGAAUGAGUAUACGAUUUGACCAGACACUCUUCGGGUCAAAAUGAGAUUCUAGUUUAAAAAGGACACUUUUCUCGGUCAAAUGACACUUUUUGGUACAAACGUGAAACUUCUUCAAAUAGCCCCGGAAAGUGACUCAGAGUCACGUGACCAAGGAUGUUCAUCUUAAGUGAUUACGUAAUAGAAUAGGCAAAGAAACAAUGCUUUUGAUGUUUAAAAAAAAUCACACUUAUAUGUUUUAAAAUAAAAUAACCAAUUAUUGUGGUGUUAAAUCGGUGUUCAUGUUGGCCCGGAAAAAUAUCUGGUCAAAUCUGACCCAGAUUGGGAUCGAAUCUACCCUAGGACCUUAAAGCUACAGUCCAUCAUUUGCAGCUAUCCAAAAAGUAACUGACG